GUACAGUUGUACAUACACACCGGUACAUGGGCCACAUCACGUUGUACUCGUACCGCGUCAUCAUCGUUGUCAUGAACAUUCCGUACCGAUACGAAAUUGUACCUCGCCAUUUUUUGUUGAACGCCAUCAAGCCAAGCAACAAACAUUUUCCCUCUGCCACAUGGUAUUCCAUAUUGCCAAAAAAGGACGGGUACAAUGAAAACACCGCGAAGCCUUCUUGCUGCUCUCUUUGCGACGGUGCAUUUGCAACUGCCACCACCCUGUCACUCGUUCAGCGCGAAACUCACAACAAAUCCAAAGGCCGCUCCAGGUACCAACAACGUCAACUUCGAGGACUGGAUCACGGAUGCUCCCGAGGAAGUCAGGGAAUGGAAGGAUCUGACCGUUAGAGGGGAUAUCCCGGACUAUGUCCGCGGUACCUGGAUCCGCAACGGCGGAGGAAUAUGGUCUGGCGGCGACAACGGCGACGGCGGUGAGUCCUUUUCCCACAUUUUUGACGGCUUUGCCAAGGUAUCGGCCUACCGGUUCGGAAACGGGAGGCUCCGCCACCAGGCGCGGUUUCUCGAGGGGAAGUGGUACAAGAAGUUCCAAUCGGACGGAAGUCUGCCUCCAAGCAUCGGGACCGGGCCGAUCCUCGACGCCUCCGGAACCCCCAAGGUCGGCGCCGCGAGAACGGUCGGGGCGAUCCUCAAUGUUGCCACGGCCUUUGACAACGCCCCGGUAAACAUCUGGGAUUUCGAUCCGCUCUCGAGGACAGCCGGUCCCAAAAGGGUGGAGGCGCUGACGGAUGCCCCGCCCCGGGUGAACCUGGACUACGACACGAUGGACACCCUUUCGAGCAGCACCAUCAACCCACUGGCCAAGGGAAUCCGGGGCUUCGAGCUCCUCAUCACGGCCCACCCGCUGUACUCCCUCGAGAGCGACGACACCUACAACAUAGCGGUGGAGAUCGGCCUCGGCCUUCCCAACGCGAGGGUCAACCUGAUCAAGGAAACACCGCUCGGGGACCGGAGCGUGGUCGGAUCCUUCGCUACCGACGACGGGAUCCCGUAUUUUCACUCGUUUGGGUUGUCUCGAAACUACGCCGUCGUGGUGGUGCAACCCCUACGGAUCGACCCGGGCAAUCUUUCCGGGUUGCUGGAGAAGGGUUUUAUGCGGUCCAUGAAGAGCGUGGAGAAGACGAGGGUGGUGGUCCUUGAUCUCAAGACGGGGGAGUGCGUCCUCGACCAGAGCGUCCCCGAACCACUCUAUUUUUAUCACGCCGUCAGCACGGCCGAGGUCGACCACGGGCGCUCGCUCUCGCUGCGCCUGUGCGCCUACAAGAGUUCCGACCAGCUCACGGGAGAGAACCAGUUCAUGCGGCUCGAGCGGUGCCGCAGGGGCAAGGAAUGGAGGAACAAGCUCGACAAGGGCGGCCGGUUCUGCGACGUCGUCUGCGACCUGGAGAAGGGUACUUUCUCGCUGCGGUGGGACGAUCGCAUCCGCCAGGGGUUCGAGCUCCCGGUCACGCGGUACUCGCGGGCCCACGGCGGAAGCGUGGAAGAAAGGAGGGAGGCGGCCGAUGCCCCGAUCGAUGGCCACCCGCGCUACGUGUACUCCUUCGGGGCGUUCGCCCUCGGUGCGGAGGAGUACGACGCCUGGGGCCUCUUCAAGUUCGACACGGAACGCCGGGAGGUCGCGGCCUCGUACCGGUGCGAUUCCGUGUACGUGUCCGAACCGGUGUUUGUCCCGGAUCCGAGCGGUUCGGGGGAAGACGACGGCGUCCUGCUGACCCAGGCGUAUUUUGGUGCCGAGCGAGAAACCAGGCUCCUGGUCCUCGACGCCCGGACCAUGGAGGUGGUCGCCGAGGCCGGCACCGGCAUGCGCACGCCGAUGGAUUUCCACGGGGGAUGGAUUCCGGAGGGCGGCGGCGGCCGCCCCUAGCUUCCACUGCUACCGAUGCUGCCGCUAUACCGCCAUUGCUAUUGCUACUGCCAUUGCUAUGCUUGGGUACCCGACACUCCUUUGCGCCUCAUAAAUUCCAAUGUUGAGA